CCGCGUGUGCCAAACACAAUAAUUGAACGCACCUUCGAGUUCCCCUCCAAUUCUUGCUCGUCCCAAAGUGCGUGCCAGUGCCAAUAUAGCACUCUGCGAUUCGCUUGACAUUCCUCGUCUGUCACUCCAGGCAACAACACUAUCAGUUUGCUAUGCGGUGGUGGCCAGCAGCCUUGUUGGCCCUUGCGGCGGCCGCGAGCUGCGCUGAAGACGUCGAAAUUAUCGAGGCGCAGCACCGGGAGUCGUCGCCGCGCGAUUCUUACCUCGAAGCCUACCAGCAAUCGCAAGGCGGCGGCCAACCGUCGCACCUGCCCCAAACGGACGGGGGCUUCCAUGUGUACGGGGCCCCCGUGCCCCAAUACGGUCCCGCGAAGGAGGAAAUGUCGCUCUACGGCCCCCCAUCGCCCCAGUACGGAGCUCCUCCCCUGAAACAGGUCAAGGAGCCCAACAUGUACUACGGGGUGCCCCACUUUCACCACCACUACACGGUGUCGGAACCGCCGCCACCGGCGGAACUCAUGGAACAACAGAGCGAGGGUCACGGCGGAUUCGAGUUGAGCACCGUCCUCAAAUUUUUGGCCAAGCUUUUCGUACUGAAGCUGCUGGUUAAGAAGAUCUACCUGAUCAUGACCCUGCUGUGGCUGCCCAAGGUGAAACUGCUGGAGUGGCUGGUCAAGAAGAAGAAGACCAAGCCCGCCAUCAACAAGCCAGACAAACCGGGCAAACCACCUCACAGCGACGAAGUCGACGACAUUGAGGAUGAGGACGACGACGACGUCAUGAGCUUCUUCCGCAGCAGUUCCAGAGGACUCAACGACCUUGAACACCGGGUGACCACGGCCAUCCACAAGCAGGCUCAAGACAACAAUUGAACGACGGGAAAUCGAGUUUGUGGCACAAAUUUAGAUUUGGGGAGUAGAUUAGUCGGCAGCUAAAAAGGUGUGAGACAUUUUUAGGUCACAAGUACACGGGAAGGGUUUUUGGAAAAGUGCCAUCGAGUGAGUAACUGGAAUUAACAAUUAACUUAUUUAUUUUAGGAUAGGAAUCUUUGAAUUGUAUGACGUAUUUAUUUUUGAAAUAAAACAGCAGAUUGUUCGCUUGUAAGAUGUUAUAAUUUUCCUUGCUACAAUUUUACAGCUGAUUCACAAGCACUUACACAAUAAAAGUUAAUUAGAUAAUAACUGCGUGUCUCUAGGAUAAAAAACUUAGAGCUUUAAAUUGCUGACAGGAGAGCUUUUGAGAGAAAAAUUGAAGAGCAUGAAUGGCUACAGUCUAGUAAUCUUUAAAAAUCAUGGUGCAGCAGCGGUAAUUCUUGUUUUUCAUCAUCAUCAUUCAUUUAAAUAUAAUUAUUUAAUUUAUUCUUAUAUGUCUUCUACAAACUACAUGUGUGUGUGUGUGUUGUGUUUGUGUAAUUAGAGUUGUUUCACCUCAUCAAUCAUUAUAGCGCGCGCGCGUAAUUCUUCAAAAAAUACACGAGAUGACCUCCGCGAAAAUCAUCACAUUCCAAAAUACAUGAAGUGCUACCACAAGCAGACCAUGAUAGGCACACAGAGGGGCUCUUACACAAUAAUUUAAUAACCGCGACGAAAACAAUCAAUAUAAUCACUAAUCAUAAUAGUAAUAGUGCUCUUUCCUUAUUUAUCCUUCUUCUCAUCAAUGUUACGCGUCACGACCAAUAUAAUGUAAAAAAUCUCUGGACACCGUUUCAGUGUAAAAAAUAUUCAAUAAACAAGGUUUGAGUCGGGAAUGGGAAAAGGGGCGACGGGAAAUGUGGUAGGGGAGGGUCGAGAGGGUAAAACACACUAGAAAUGCAGCGCGGCGUCCACGAGACGGGCCCUCGGAUUAAUAAUAUCACUUCAAACGUAAUUAUUGUUAAAAGCUAACAAUCUGGCCGAUGGAGCGGCCGGUCGGCCCCACCCUCGGCCUCUGCUGGGUGCAGGGGUUGAUCGACGCACCGAUUGGCAGCAGAGGGGUGGGGGUAGCACGUAGCAGCCGCACACCAGCAGCAGCAGCAGCACCAGCGAGUGGUUUUUUUGUAUUAUAUAUUUUUGUUGUCAUCCAAAGCAAGUGUUCGUUAUUUUCUUUCCGCGCAGUGGCCUCGUACAUCAAAGGAAAAUCAAUCAAUUGUGCAGCCGACGGAGAAAUGGGUGGAUGAAAGAAAGAAAAUGCACUUCUUGUGGUGCAGAACAGAGAUAAAGCAGAGUCCGAGUGGGCGGUCCUCCGGUGUGUAGGCGUGUCCAUGGCAGACAGCUGUGCACCUUGUCCGGUUCAAUGACCUAAUCAGCUAGCUGCCUCCGCGGAUUACAUUUCUCUCUUUCUCUACAGUUCCUUAUCAUUAUAGUCAAAAUUUUUUGCUCCAUUCAUUUGUUACACGUUCAAAAAAUAGAUAAUAAUCAUUUAGCACUGAGGUUUGUCUAGAGAUUAAUACAGGCUCCAAUUUAAAAUCACGUACCUCAUUAAAAUGUUGAAUUAAAAAAAAA